AUCAACAUGCCUAGAAUGAGAUGAGGAACCGCGUUAACUUACUCUCAAUCCAAACAUGUCUGGUCGUGGUAAAGGAGGCAAAGUCAAGGGAAAGUCAAAGACCCGUUCCAGCAGGGCCGGACUUCAAUUCCCCGUCGGUCGUAUCCACCGAAUGCUCCGCAAGGGAUCGUACGCUGAACGCGUCGGUGCCGGCGCCCCCGUCUACUUGGCUGCCGUCAUGGAGUACUUGGCCGCUGAGGUCCUCGAGUUGGCCGGUAACGCCGCCCGUGACAACAAGAAGACCCGUAUCAUCCCUCGUCACUUGCAAUUGGCCAUCCGCAACGACGAAGAGUUGAACAAACUUCUCUCCGGUGUUACCAUCGCUCAGGGUGGUGUUUUGCCCAACAUCCAGGCCGUUCUCUUGCCCAAGAAGACCGACAAACCUGCCAAGGCUUAAAUUUCCCUUCCCUCUCGUCUUUCAAACAAACGGCCCUUUUAAGGGCCACCAAACUAUUUUGAAAAAAAGGAAUUUGCUGUGCUACAUUUGCAUUUAAAUCCGGUUGUGAUAAUGAUAACGUUCACUGAUUCAUCACAAGGUGGCAUUCUUAAUUGUUUUGAUUCAACCUUAUUAGCAUAGCCAAUUAAAAUAUUAGUGUCGUCUGCUUUUGUUUGUUGCAAGUUUCGAAAAAGACAAUGUUUUAAAAUGCAUAAUGAUUAAUGAAACAGGACGUUGACGGAAACGUACUCGUGGUCGUGGGUGCAAGGAAAAUAGCACAUCAUAUACAAAUACGAAAGCUGUACUCUGCCGGCGUCAUUUGAUAGAAUCGCUUAACACACACUCCAUCCUUUCAUAGCAGGUUCAAUUCAAAUAGAAUGAUUGUGGGAGCUUAAAUAGAAGAGUUAAACUUGUUACAAAUUAGUGAAAUUUUAGUUCCUGACUUGAAUUUAUCAUGUAUUAUGCUCCCUGUUGUGACCCUUUUGAUGGCAUUUUGUUUGCACUAUGUAACAUUUUCCUGUGUGCAGACUUGAGGCCUGAGCCAGCCAUCGUAAACCACAAGAUAUGAAGUUUUUCUUUUGCUGGUGUUGACCGGUCAUCAGCUUCAAUCUCA